AUGGUCCCCCAAAUGCCCUGGUCCUCCCAUACCUUCACUUUCAACGGGUCAUCCUAAACAUUGGCCUCAUCCCCCUCACAAUGCCCUAUGACACUGAUCUUCCCAUCCUCUCACAACCAAAAUCUUCCUCCAUCAACGCAUGUCCCCUCCGUCUAGACCCUUGCUGACUGAGUCUUCCUCCGUAAUCCUCCAGUAUCCCAACAUGCCGCAGCUGGAAGGCCGGUAACUUCCUCUCCUGCUGACCCGAGCCGCAGUUAACCCGCGGAAUCGAUGAUCAGUUUAAAAGGAGUGAGCGGAAGCUACUUUCACCUAUCAAUUUCUCCCGGUUUAACGGCAGUUUCGAUCCGGUAGCUAGCUUGCUUUUAAAACAGUUUUUUUUGUUUAUCGGAUGGUGUUUCCUCUGUGUGUGGGAGGGAAGCUGGUUGUGACCACGAGAAAGCGGCGUCUUCCGCACCAGGGCACUACAGAACUAAGGCCACGGUUCAGCUCGUCCAGAAAUACAGGAUGACAACUGGAUUUGGUUUCGGUACCACGGCCGGUAACACUGGCGGCUUCACUCUCGGAGUGUCCAGCAAUCCUGGUACCACAGGAGGAUUUAGUUUUGGAAAUCUUGGAACCGCAGCUGCAACCCCAGCCACAACUGCAACAUUUGGGGGCCUUGGGGGUGGACUGUUUGGGCAGAAACAAACUACUGGAUUCUCAUUUGGAGCUACCUCAACAGGGACUACAACAACAGCAGCAUGUACAGGACUAACUUUGGGAACACCUGCAACUACCACUUUAGCUGGUUUUAGUUUAGGCUUCAACAAACCAGCUGGUUCAGCAACACCUUUUGCAAUGCCUAUUGCACCUUCUACCACUGGAGGAUUGGGCCUUUCGUCUGUACUGCCAACAUCUACAGCAGGCUCUACAGGAUUUGCAUUAAAUUUGGGUGGAGCAUCCGCAUCCACUGCAUCUGUACCAACAGGCUUAACAUUGGGAGGAGCUUUGACUGGUUUAAGUGGCAGCCUGUUUCAGGGUGCAAGCACUUCCACUGCAGAUGAUAAAGGUUCAACUGGAGUUAGGCCUGAUGAUAGCAAGGCCCUGAAAGAUGAAAAUCUGCCACCUGUUAUCUGUCAAGAUGUGGAACACUUCCAGAAGUUUGUAAAAGAACAAAAGCAGGUGCAAGAAGAAAUUAGUCGAAUGUCUUUUAAAGCUAUGUUGAAAGUACAAGAGGAUAUCAAAGCGCUGAAACAAUUAUUAACAGUAGUUGCCAGUGGACUUCAGAGAGAUUCACUUGCCAUCGACAAGCUGAAGAUAGAAUCUGCGCAAGAGCUUAAAAAUGCUGAAAUAGCACUCCGAACACAGAAGAUACCGCCAGGACUUCAGCAUGAAAAUACAGCACCAGCAGACUAUUUCAGACAGCUGGUUGAACAGUUUGAGGUUCAGUUACAGCAAUACCGACAGCAAAUAGAGGAAUUGGAAAAUCACCUUGCUGCUCAGGCUAACAGUUCACACAUGACUCCACAAGAUCUGUCUCUUGCAAUGCAGAAGGUAUACCAGACUUUUGUGGCAUUGGCUGCCCAACUCCAAUCGAUUCAUGAAAGUGCAAAGAUUUUAAGGGAACAGUAUCUUGGCUACCGGAAAACAUUCCUUGGAGAUGCUACUGAUGUCUUUGAAGCAAGGCGUACAGAAACUAAGAAGUGGCAGAAUGCUCCACGCAUUACAACUGGGCCAACUCCCUUCAGCAUACCAAAUGCAGCGGCAGUUGCCAUGGCUGCAACAUUAUCACAGCAGCAACAGCCUGCUACAGGACCGCAACCACCUCUGGGAGUUAAUUUUGGAACACCAUUCGCCACAUGUAUUGGUACAGGCUUGCAGUCAAGUGGCUUAGGUUCUUCAAAUCUUGGAGGAUUUGGAGGUACUUCUGGCUUUGGAAGUAAUGCUUCAGGCACCACCUCAUUUGGAUUUGGAUCAACCAAUAAGCCCUCAGGAAGCCUCAGUGCAGGCUUUGGCAGCUCAACCACAUCUGGAUUUAACUUCAAUAAUCCUGGGAUCACAGCUUCUGCUGGCCUGACUUUUGGCGUAUCGAAUCCUUCAACAUCCGCCUUCCCCAAUAAUCUAGGGACACAGCUUCUGCAACUGAAGAAACCUCCAGCUGGAAACAAACGGGGCAAAAGAUAGGGAAUUGUUAGUAUGGGAAGGGAAAUAUAUUUUCAUAAGUUAGGCAUGAUUCAUGUGGUCCUAUGUCCUAAACACAUUUUUUAAUAUUUGUAGAUAUAAAACUACCGACAAAGAACAUUUAUAUUUCAGCCAGGGAGCUUUAACCAGAAAUUCCUUUGUUUCCAAAAGGAUUCUGAUGAUCAGUUUUAACAAUUGAAGAUUAUAUUUUUGAAAGUAAAGCAAGAUGGAUUGUGUACCUGGAUAAUUUCAUAUGCAUAGUUGUAUCUGUUUUCUACUUCAGGAAUUGGUCACAAACUUAUCUAAGAACAGCUGCUAUGUAAGUGAAUUUGAACCAUGGGUGCCGCAGAUGUCUGCAUAGCUGCAAAACUCAUUUGUGUAAAGUCAGCAAUGUACAUGUUUUAAUAUGGACAUUUACAGCUAUCAUUUCCUUUUAAUCAUUGCACUUUUUUUUAUACAAUAGGUACUGCCAAUAUUUGUCUUUGCAGUAAAAACAAAUUUGAAUGUCUUACUUUUGAGUUGUCAAGGUACUUGGAAGAAAGCUUUAGUAGUGGUGACUUUCCUUUAACACAGUCAAUGUCUAUUUUUGUAAGAUUAGGGAUACUGCUUUUGAAUGCCUUUUCUUUAGAGAGAAAGGAAGUUGAGAUUUGCUGAAUUGGAUUAGGUGGUUGAGGAAUGCCUGAAUUUCGUUGUGUGUAUUUGCAUGAGGUCCUGCAUUGUGCAGACUUGACCUGUGAUUCAUCUUCCAGUGACUUUUGAAGACCAGAUCUAAAAAUUUGUUUUCUUUGUGACUACAUAUUAUUUAUACACUUGUUUCACAAUUGCAGUGAAAUAGUCACUAAAAUUACAAUGUAUUUGAAGAUUGUAAGGUU